GUUUAAUCAAGAGCAAGGCUAGCCUGGCUCAAGCCUCAAAAUGGGUAUAAAAUUUCUAGAGUUUGUGAAACCCUUCUGCAGUAUACUGCCUGAGAUACAGAAACCUGAACGCAAAAUCCAGUUCAGAGAAAAGGUUUUGUGGACAGCCAUCACACUUUUCAUCUUCUUAGUAUGUUGCCAGAUUCUAUUGUUCGGUAUCAUGAGUUCAGACUCUGCAGAUCCUUUCUACUGGAUCAGAGUUAUCCUAGCUUCCAACAGAGGAACUUUGAUGGAGUUGGGUAUCUCACCCAUCGUUACAUCAGGACUCAUCAUGCAGCUGUUGGCCGGAGCUAAGCUUAUAGAGGUUGGGGACACCCCCAAGGACAGAGCCAUGUUCAAUGGUGCACAGAAGCUCUUCGGAAUGGUCAUUACUGUUGGACAGGCUAUUGUAUACGUGUUGACUGGAAUGUACGGAGAUCCAGCUGAUAUUGGAGCCGGAGUCUGUCUCCUGAUCAUCAUCCAGCUGUUCGUCGCAGGUUUGAUUGUUCUAUUGCUGGACGAACUGCUGCAGAAGGGUUACGGUCUAGGAUCUGGAAUCUCUCUGUUUAUUGCCACCAACAUCUGCGAGACUAUCGUGUGGAAGGCGUUCUCGCCCGCUACCGUCAACACCGUCAGAGGAACUGAGUUUGAGGGUGCUUUGAUUGCUCUGUUUCAUCUGCUCGCCACAAGGCAGGAUAAGGUCAGAGCUCUGAGGGAGGCUUUCUACAGGCAGAACCUGCCCAACCUCAUGAACCUCAUGGCCACCGUCUUCAUCUUUGGUGUGGUCAUAUACUUCCAGGGAUUCCGUGUAGAUCUACCCAUCAAAUCUGCCAGAUACAGAGGACAGUACAGCAGUUAUCCAAUCAAACUGUUCUACACCUCAAACAUACCCAUCAUCCUACAGUCUGCCCUGGUUUCCAAUCUGUACAUGAUCUCUCAAAUGAUGUCUGUCAAAUUUGGAGGAAACUUCUUUGUUUCUCUUCUCGGAGUCUGGAACGAUGCCGGAGGUGGCAGAGCUUAUCCCGUCGGAGGUCUGUGUUACUACUUGUCUCCUCCUGAAUCUCUGGGUAGCGUUCUAGUAGAUCCCAUCCAUGCUUUCCUCUACAUCUUUUUCAUGCUGGGAUCUUGCGCAUUUUUCUCCAAGACCUGGAUUGAUGUCUCCGGCAGCUCUGCCAAGGAUGUUGCAAAGCAGCUCCGUGAGCAGCAGAUGGUGAUGAGAGGACACAGAGAAACCAGUAUGAUCCAUGAACUCAACAGAUAUAUCCCCACAGCAGCAGCCUUCGGAGGACUCUGUAUUGGAGCACUGUCUGUACUAGCUGACUUCAUGGGAGCUAUUGGAUCUGGAACUGGAAUAUUAUUGGCUGUGACCAUUAUCUACCAGUACUUCGAGAUAUUCGUCAAGGAACAAAGCGAGAUGGGCAGCAUGGGAGCCUUGCUCUUCUAAACCUAGAUCUUACAGAGAACCAUUCUCAUCGUGAUCAUUUACGAUCUUACAGAGAACCAUUCUCAUCGUGAUCAGCUCAUUUAGACUCUAAACCGAUGUGAAAAUACAAGAGAUACGCUUGGUGAAGCGUCAGAGCGUAUUUGACGUUUGCGUUCUGUGUCAGAAAAUGCGCAAUAGCGUGUUUUUGUGUACAAAUUCCCCCCGUUCAGUUCAGUGUAUUUAUAAUAAUAAUAUUCACGCUAUGUAAUUGUUAUAUUAGUUUCUACUGAGGAAAUAUACUUUGUUAUUAAAUAUUAA